AUGGGGGGCGCUCCCACCAUCUUCGGGGACAUGGCACUUGUCGCGAGAUAUGCCAACGACGACCUUCGCAUCUUCCCGGUCGCCUUCAACAUUCGAGGCAACCGUCGCCGCCCCCUUGCCGAUGCCGAUGGCUUCGGGCCGGAGGGUCUGCGGCGUUGGCGCGGCGGCAGCAUCGAACCUCAACCAUCGCGACGCGUGGUUUCGCACUUGCCGUCCGGCGACAGGUCGGUGCCCGCGCAUCGCGUUCUGUGUGUCCUGCUGCACGUGAUGCUGGUCGUCGACCAGCUCAACGCGAGCUGCUUGCAAUCGGGCGAGCUUAUCGCCAGGAGGCCCCAGCUGAUUGAGGGCGCUCGCCGAGCCAGCCCGUUUUCAUCAGACUACGGAUCGCCGGACCACUACGUGGGGCGUGCUUAUCGGGCAGGAGGUGUCACUGACGCGCCUGGCCUCAGGCGCUACAGUGCCGCGUGCCGGGUGCGGGCCUGCGACCGGUCGCUCGUCGAUUUCCCGAGGCCAAGCUGGGCGCCGCCAGCCCUCGCUGACGUGGCUGGCCAUGUCGGGCGCGAGACGUUGAAGGAUUGGAUGAAUCUUGCGAUGCCGGGCCAGGGCGAGCCGGGGCUUGAGGGGCCAGGCGUGCGCGCCUUCCAGGAGACGCCUGGCGCUCGCGAGGAGCUCUUCGUCAGUGGCCUCAGCGCGAGGAACUGCAUCUAUGCGCUGGGGAAUUAUCUCCAGCUGAUGCCCUUCUACAGCUUGCCCGACGCCCUGGCCGAGUUCACCGAGGGCUUCGGGGGGCCGCUGGUCGGGGCGCUCCAGCCCUCGACUGGACGGCGCAGCUACCUCCCCAAAAGCCUGCCCGACUGGGAGCAGCUAGCUGACGGUUGGUGCGAGGGGCGUCCGAGAGCGUCGGCCCAUCGGAUCGAGAUCGUCGCCGGGCACUGCGUCGACGCCGCCGUGCUGAACCCUUGCCUCGUGUCCGUGUGCUGCGGGUGCUGCGUCUUCGCCGCCGCCGCCGUCUGCAGCCCUGCCGAGCACUGGGCUGCUGUGGCGUGGGUGCUCUCGAUCGGUCUUUUGCAGGUUGCUCUUCGCGUCCGCCUGGGACGCGCGGGGGCCGCCCUGCAGCGCCGCUGGCGCGUGCGACUCGGGCCCGACUGGAGCGGCGGUGGUCGCUGCAGAGAUGUCCUGCGAGGUCGCGUGGAAGAGAUGGUGCAGGCGUGGCCGCCGGGCCACGGCGCCGCCGAGGCCCUGGAGGCGGCGUUCGGGCGGGGCGCAGGGCCGAGGUCGGGGGCCGCCGCUGUCGCGGCCUUCUGGAGGCCAGCCGGCUCGAUCAGCAAGGCCAUCAGGGGCGACUUCGACAGGGGGCUGAGCGAGUUCCAGACAUGUGCGUCGAAGGGGUCGCUUGAGUUGUCCAGGUUGGCCCCUGCCGACGCGGCGUUGGCCGCGUGCGCCGACGAGCUCAGUGCGGUGCUGAAUUUUGCCCCAGAGAUGGACGGAUCGUUCGAAUUCAACGAUGCUGUAACGUCUGACAUCGGUACUGCCAUGAUGACCACAAACGACGGUAUCGUGUGCUAUUCCGACUGGGCAAAUCCCCCUGGAGAGAGAGCAGUGUGCAACGCUUUCGACGCCUCCACUGGUGACGUUGGCCCAGACUGCAACUUGACCGCUUAUCUCGUGAAGGGCCAGAGGUUCACGGUCACCCGCUUCUCCGACGAGCUGGCCAUAGUAUGCUUCACGGCCUUCGGAGAGUACGAGAUCGGGGGGCCGUCGUAUUGCCACAAGCUGACCCUGAACACGGCCGACAUGACUCUGACCGCCGGACCAGGCCUGGUAGUCAAGCCGGAGGCGACAUUCAUGUAUUAUCUGACCAUCGCCAGCUUCACUGAGACCUUCGGGGUGGUGUGCUACCAGGACACCUCGGACGUGUUCGAACCGAAGGAGAGGAAAGCCAGGUGCAACGUCCUUGGCUUCGAAUCUGGAAGUGACAGUCUCACUAAGAGCGAGGCUUUCGAGGCGGACUCAGUGGCGGUUGACGUUGUCGGUGUGUCGCUCACUAAGUUCUCAAGCUCGACGGGCGUUUUGUGUUUCACCGAGAAGACAGAUGAAAGGGCAUACUGCACGCUUUUGACUGUCAGUGACACGGACAUCAGUGUGCCUGGCCCAAAUGACGUUGCCAUCUUCGAAGGUGUCCCUAGCAUACUGGACAGGGCGCAGGUGUCCGUAGUCAGCUUGGACGAGACCACAGGACUGGUGUGCUACGUCGUCGGAGAUGCAUCUGCUGGCAACAGUGCCUCAUACGAGAUCACGUGCACCCCCGUUGGCUUGGUCAAUGGGACUGUGGUCACGGUUGGCGACGACAUCGUGGUAGACAGCGACGCCACUUUCGACAUGUCGGUCACCGCCAUGUCCGAGACUGCCGCCAUCGUGUGUUACCUGAAGGGUGAUGAGAGGAUCGGCACCUGCAAGGGGCUGGUCCUCAGCCACGGCAGGGAACUGAGCAUGGGCGACGCGAGGGACAUCGCCGGCACCAGCGGGUUCAAAGCCUACAGUGACGAGAACAUCCGGGUCUGCGACGACAACCCCUGCGUCGAGUUCGUCUCGCUCACGCGCAGGAACGACGUCGACGCCAUCGUGUGCUACGCGGGCAUCGACGACAACCCCAACGGGGUACCUGACGCGACAGCAGUGCUGCACAUCUUCCUCCCUGUCGUGACGGCAGUGCAGUCCAUCUUCUUAGCUCUGGCGGAGCGGGCGCAGGCAGCAAAAGACCCUGCGAUCUCAAAUGGUUGGUGCUUCGCCGACCAGCACCCAGGCCAGAGCCUCUGCGCUCAGGUGCUGAUGGUGUGCGCUGCUCGGCUGCGAUGGCUCUCGGACCAGCUGGCCCUUGGGAGGCAGUGCCGGCUGCGGGUGAACUCACACUGCGACAAGGUGAUCGUCAAAGUGGUGUUGUUGCCAGUGUUCGACACGCUCAUGCUCAACUCCUUCGCCCUCCAACUGGCCGACAGCGACAUAGUGGACUCCAUGAUGUACGAGAUGGACGUCGACGGGUACCCUGAGGACGACGCCUUGCGCGUUGCCUUCAAUAUUCCUCAUCGUGGGGCUCCUGUGGUUGCUGCUAAUGAGGGUACUGGCAGUCAUGGCUGGGAUGGGCGUGCUCUCCUUCGUGAUGGAGCUGGCGGUGGAGACGUCGAGGCUUUACUUGCGGAGCUUCUCAAGCCCUUGGCGGACGCGCAAAAGAACUUCCAGAAUACGCUCGAGCGGAGUUUCGGUUCGCAGGUGCUGUCCUCUGGUGCUGGCGCAGCCCCCGCGCGGAUUUUACGUGAGAUUGUAUGGCAUGAGGAGGAGUUCGUGAGCUGGCGCCGGCGGUUGCCGCUCGCGGAGCUCUGCCAGCACCACGCUUGGCCCUUGGAAUUGUUCGUGGGUCGGUUCGUCACUCUCCUUGGCGGCCCCUGGAUUGGGCGUGUCGCGAAGAUAUCUGGCAUUCGCGAGGGCGCUGUCUGCUUGGAGGUGUACCCCGACGAUGAGCGUACAGAGGCGGACCCGAUGAUCGUCUACGAGUGUGGCAACCCCGCUAGUACUCCGCAGUGGGACGGCAUGAUGGCGGAGAAGAUGAUUCUGGAUGCGGAUCUGGUGCAGCGGCAGGGCUUCCUGUGGAAGCUCUCGCCGGCCUACGGGUGGCUCCAGAGGGGCCUCAAGGGAGCCCUGGCCGCUGGCAUGACCCCCAUCGUGAGCUACUGGAGCGCCGACGACAUGACGUGGAUGGACGGGAAGGGCGCAGACGGCCAGGGGCCGUGCGGCGUGGACCGCGCCGCCGACUGCUCCGAGCACGUCGUGUUCUACGACUUCUCGGUGGCCGACUACGGCAAGGACCCUCCGGCGGCGACCCCGGCGACGCCCUCGACGCCAUCCGCGGGCACGGUGGCCAGCGACCCCUUCGACUGCGAGGCCGGGUACUCCAACUGGGAGGCGGGCUGGACCAAGGAGAAGAAGGAGUGGUGCUGCAAGAACGAGCAGCUCGGCUGCCCCGACUCCGACGCCGACGGCACCAUCCGCAUGGCCUCGGAAGAGCAGCGCAUGGCACAGCAGGGCAGCUCGAUGGAGAGGUUGUUCCACGAGGAGCUUGGAGGGCGGUCUACAGACGCCCACCUGCCGGAGGACGUGCUCGCGCAGGGACGGGACGGAGACGGCAGGGGAGACGGACAGUCGGGCAACCAGCGCAAAUCUCACCCGAAAGGCGGUGUUCGGCUGCAGCCGCAUGAUGGGGGCGCUGCACGUAUACAGCGGCUUGGACGACGCGCUCGAGUGAUUCAAGUAUUGAGGCCUGGGGUAGGCGCCUGCUCAUGCUUGGCCGCGCGUGUGCGACAAGGCGGCUGCUAAUAUUCUGCUUCGACACGAUCUGGUCCAAAUGCGUGUGGGAACGCAUGCCAAUCACCACGUGCGGGGCUCGGGCUCGAUGCCGGGUACUUUUGGCCGCUUGUCUGCGAGGCGCCAUUUUGUGAUAGGAGCGCCGCUGCGUAGGCAGCCCUCCGCCCAGGCCGCUUGGCUUGAACGGCCAGGCAUGUCUACAGGCCCUCCGCCCGGACGCAGGCAGACUGAGGUGGCCUCCGCCCAGGGCGCUUGCGUUCACCGCUGGGUGGUUCAGGCCGCCUAGCUGCGAGACCGCCUGUCCCCUCGUUUCGCCGUUCAGGCUUUCCGCGAGGCGCCGGGGUGGCGGCCUAGUCUCAGAUGUCGGAGGAGGGUCAGUCGAGACAACGGCGGCUCUCCCGCCCACCUCUUCGCAGGGAAGCAGCCGCCUUCUCCCCAGGGGCCCUGCUCUUCUCCGCGCUGGUGUGUUCGUCAGCUCCUCCAUAUAUCAUUGAUGGCUCGCUUGCUGCACUCAUGUUGGAGCGCUUUCUAGACAUCUGAAUAGACACACCCGCAGGCCACGCUAAUGCGUGCGCGUGCGGUGUGAUUUAAGCCUUGAAGCAGAGAAAGAAGUAAUCUGCAGAAGGAAUGCGCAAUGCACGUGAUGAUUUGCGCGGAUACUUCCAAACACAUCUAAGGUUUACAAUUCUAGCAAAGGUCGCUAGAUGCAACCUGGUUGCGUUGCCGCCGCGUCCGCAAU